CAGAGAAGCACGAAACGUGUUAGUUUCCUUUAAUGAAAGUGCAUUUGUAAGGUAGGCUAUAUUAGUUGGGUUCAAAUUAAAUGAAGAAAACCGGAUUACAAAUGCUUAAAACGUUUCUUCUUCUAGCGUUGACACGCGGACUUCUUGCAGAAAAAAUAAGUGUAUGCUCACAACCAAUCAGAUCUAUCGGAUAUACUGGAUAUAACGUAGUCAGCUUUAGUUGGAUUCUGACUAAUCAAAAUUGUAAAUUUCAAAACGAGGUUUUACUCUUGAAAUUGGCGGAGAUGGGUCUUAGAGAUAGUGGGUACUAUCAAUGCCGCGGAUAUCUAACCAUUUCAGAUUAUCGUGGAAGCAGGAACAUUUGCAAAUCCCAUAAAAACGACUGCUUCGCCUUUUAUCCCGAAAACUCUACCUUUGUCGACGUUUCCAUUGCCAAUGAUUGCACCAACGUAAUAUGGACCAAAAUGAAGAAUAUUUUACCGAUUACUGUGAAGUAUUUUACAGAAUCACGAGCUUCGAACAAUCGGCAACAAUUUGAAAUGGAAAUUAUCUACCAGCCAUUAAUACCAACAACAAAAGAAACAAUACAAAAAACUACACCAUCUAUACCGGAACAGCCGAUUUCAACGACUACUCAACACUCGACCGUUUUAUCUGGCAUUACUGAUCAAGAUCAAGCAGUUUCUUCGGACUACAAACUUGCAAUAAUUUUUGGAGUUCUACUGUUCAUCGUUUUGGUCGUUCUCCUUGUGGUGAUUGUCAGAUAUCGAAUGAAGAUUGGUAACCAGUUACAAACACCCCAACACAUGCCGUCUCCAACUGUGGAAGCCGCGAAUACAAGCCAUGGAAAUGAAUGCGAACCUGUAUACAGCGUUAUUAAGGCAUCUGAUGCUAGAUCCGAGCAAGAAGUUGUUGUCAACGAACUUUAUAAUUUGUGA